AGUGAGUGAGUGUGUGAGCGAGAAAGAACGAGGAAAAGAGGGAGUGUGUGUACAUGCAUCGGAGGGGUAGAGAGCAAAGGAUAAGUUACGAGUAAAAGAACCCCAAUCGGUUUUUAGUGCGGGAGGUUAUACAAAAAGUAGAAUUGAGCGGGGUGCCAGAAGGAAGAGAAGAUUUUCCCUUAUAUUGUGUUGUUUUUUGUUUGUUUUUUUUGGAGAGGGGGGGGGGAAGAGAGAGAGAGAACAGUUAGAAUCAAAGAGGGACCCGGCGUCAUCAAGUCGAACCGAUCCGAUGGUCAUGACGGCAGCUGUCGACAUGAAACCGACGUUAACAAUCAUAAAGGCUGAAAAGAUGGACGAUCCGGAGUGCGGAGAUGUCCCCCUGCUGACUCCAGGAAGUAAAGAGAUGAUGUCCCAGGCUCUGAAGGCCACCUUCAGUGGAUUCACGAAGGAGCAGCAGCGGCUGGGUAUCCCCAAAGAUCCCAGACAGUGGACAGAAAACCAUGUGGCCGCCUGGUUAACGUGGACCGUGAACGAGUUCAGUCUGAAAAUUGUCGACUUUGACAAGUUCUGCAUGAACGGAGCCAGCCUGUGUGCGAUGGGGAAGGAGCGCUUCCUGGACUUGGCGCCCGACUUCGUUGGGGACAUCCUUUGGGAACAUCUAGAAAUGCUUCAGAAAGAGGAUGCAAAGCAUUACCCCAUCAAUGGACUGACCUCCAACUUCCAGGAAUCCCGCUAUACCUCAGACUACUUUGUCAGCUACGGUGUUGAGCAUGCUCAAUGUGUCCCUCCUUCUGAAUACUCAGAGCCCGGCUUCAUCACCGAGUCCUACCAGACGCUCCAUCCCAUCAGCUCGGAGGAGCUGCUGACGCUCAAGUACGAGAGCGAGUACCCCGCUGUCAUCCUGCGGGACACGCCCCUCAACCCGCUGCAGGGGGACUACUUCACCGUCAAGCAGGAGGUGGUAUCCCCCGACAACAUGUGUGUGGGACGUCUCAGCAGAGGUAAGCUCGGGGGCCAGGACUCCUUCGAGAGCAUCGAGAGCUUCGAGAGCUGUGACCGACUGACCCAGUCCUGGAGCAGCCAGUCCUCCUUCAGCAGCCUGCAGCGGGUACCUUCGUACGACAGCUUCGACUCUGAAGACUACCCCACCGCCCUGCACAGCCACAAGCCCAAGGGCACCUUCAAAGACUAUGUGAGGGAGCGCUCGGACCUCAGCAAGGACAAACCUGUCAUCCCGGCGGCGGCGCUGGCGGGAUACACCGGCAGCGGCCCCAUCCAGCUGUGGCAGUUUCUCCUGGAGCUCCUGACCGACAAGUCGUGCCAGUCCUUCAUCAGCUGGACAGGGGACGGCUGGGAGUUCAAGCUUUCUGACCCAGAUGAGGUCGCCCGGAGGUGGGGCAAGAGGAAAAACAAGCCCAAGAUGAACUACGAGAAGCUGAGCCGCGGCCUGCGCUACUACUACGACAAGAACAUCAUCCACAAGACGUCGGGGAAGCGCUACGUCUACCGCUUUGUGUGUGACUUAAAAAGCCUGCUGGGGUACACUCCCGAGGAGCUGCACGCCAUGCUGGACGUAAAGCCCGACACGGACGAGUGAAGCCAAGGGACGAGGAGCUUCGGAGACACGUGGACUGGGGGGGGUGGGGGGGGGGCUCAUAAAGUGGUCUUAACUAUUUCGAUAGUCUGUAAACCGUUUUUUUUUUGUUUUUUUUGUUUUUAUUCUUUUUUUUAGUUUUUUUGCGGGGGACCAGAAAUGUUUUUAAUGACUGACUGUGGUCUUUGUCAACUUCAAACUCCUGUCUCUCUCCGACCUUGUUUGAAAAGAAGGCACAAGAUGUGUGUGUGUGUGUGUGUGUGCGCGUGGUCAUGGACCUGUGUGUGUUAGCAGCUGAAGGCCCGAUGGAGCUCUCUCUUUGGGUCGCGUUCAGCUUCCGUUCUGCCUAAGUAGCACGGCGAGGUGACGGAAGGACCAAGGCAGAAAGUCUUUGUCUUACGUACAUUUCUUGGGUAGAGUGAGAGGGUGUG